CACACCCCAGCCUGCGUGUGAUUUGUCCCACAGAGCUCCUAAAAUGUGAUUUGCCUUCUAGACCCCUCCACUCGCCAAAAGUUGAGGUUUUCCUACUGUCCCACUCAGGACUGGGCUUUAGACAUCUAGAGGGUAGUCUUGGUUUCCAGAAGAUUAGUUUGGUGAGCAAAAACUGUUUUUCUCUGAAAGGGAAGUGAGAUUCCAGGAAGAUUAUUUUAACUGACCAGCCUGUGAUGCUGGUGCUCAAGGGUGAAGCAAUUGGGGGUGGUGGGGAGGGAGAGACAGCAGUAUUUGAGGCACAUAUUCCCUGUGUGCUCAGCUGCCCCACUGGGUGACCCCUGGGCUAUGGGGGAAACUGGCUCUCAUGAGGGGUGAUGGUUGUUUCCCUGAAAUUCCUGUUUCCACCCUUGGCACACAGGGAGCCCAGGGUAGAGCUUUCUGGGCAAGGCAUGUGAAUAGGUCUCACAGCUUCCUGUGAGAGCUCAAGGUUCUUCUGAAUAUUCAGACCUCCUUGUUGGGUGCCACCUUCCCAGGUGACAGAAAAUGCUCACCUUUGAACCAGCCAUUGACACUCUCUCCUAGGGAAUACCCAGCCCCACCCAAGUAAUUUCUUGUUUAGACUCUUCACAUCUGCCUCCUGCUUUAGGGGCUCCACACUCACAAGCCCUGGGGUGGAAUUCUGGCUGUCUUUUGACCUUGAUACCUUCUUGAGCAAGUUCCUUUUAGCUUGUGAGGAUUUAAAUACGUUAACGGCACCAGCCACCUUGCCUUACGCAUGUGAAGUUGACUGGUUCUUGCAGGAACCUCAUGAAACUUACGGAGGUGUGACCCAGGAAAGACCUAAGAGGGCAGAUCUAGGAGCAGGCACUGAAGGGAGGUCUGGGUGGAUUGGAGGUAUUGGGGAGAAACCCAAGACUGGGCAAGCCCUUUCAAAGGUCAACACAAUCCUUAACCAUUGUCUGAUGGAGGCCCUGAUAAGAUUGGAAGCCAAGUGGUGUGAUUGUACACAUCAUCUAGGAAACCACCUACGUAAAUCCAAGGCUUGUUACAAAUCAACUGCCUGAGUCAAAUGAUUUCCUGGAGCCACUGAGAGACCCUGGAUGAGUCACUUUUGUGGCUUAUGAGACAUUGAAAGCCUGUUUUUGGGUGAACUUGGCAGGUGGUCGAGGUGGAAGGCAGUUUGAAGCAUGGUAGGAGGGCAGGUGGGGAGGUAAUAUGAGCCUGGUACUGAAGUGAGGGUAAUUGUCCUGGGCCUGGCCUUGGAACCACGCCAGCCCCUUCAGCUCAAAGGAUGACUCAGCUGAGUCACUGAGCUGGGCGAGGCUCUUGGCCCCCCUGACUGGACCCAGCUGGGGUGACAGAUGGUAGAGAGGCCUUGGCUGUAGGGGGUAGGGAAUUGUCCAACAAGAAGCCAUUGGAGAUUGCUCCCAGGGCUGGCUUCCAGUCUUACAUGGCCUUCUAGAAUUCAGAUCUUCCUGUGGGACCCCACAGAGCCCUGUGCAUACCUCCUCCUGUACUCUUAGCCCUUCCUCUAUCCCCAUCUGGCUUCCUGGCCAGGCUUCCACCCCACAGAGAAUCUGGCAAUGGAGCAUCUGGAGAAAGGCCUCACUUGGCUGUCAGGUGCCCCUUCUUUGCCGUUCUAACCCCACAGCUGGGGUGAUACAAGACUUGUCACUUUCCUGAUCAGUAAACAAGUGAGGGCCAAGGUGAAGAUGCCAGGUACAACAGGGAGCCUCAGGGUGCUGGGUCACACCCCUGACUAGAUAGGGAAGCUGGGCCUCCAGCUACUCCCUGCCUGGGCCGUCACAGGCAGAGCUGCUGGAGGAGGCUGUUCCCAGUGCUUGAUGGUUAGCUCAGCCCUCUGAUAGAUGCUCUAGAGGGAUGAGCCUGAUCCAGUCCCAGUUUAUAGGCCAGGAAACAGGCAUAGGGAGGGCAAGGGGUUUGUCUGAGAUCACCCACUCUGCAAGGGGUAGAACUAGAUGCAGAGUCCCAGUCCCAAGAGGUCCUUGAAGGGACCCACAUCAGGGAGCGACUUGGGAGACAUGAGUGAGCAGGAUGGGGCAGUUAGCGAGGAAGGAGAGGGGUCAGAUGAGAAAGGGCAGGAACAGCCAGGAAAGCAGAAAGCCAGUUCUUGUGUUUUUGAACACUAUGGAAACACAGCGGAAGAGGGCACUCUGGUGUUAGAAAAAACCAAAGAAACUAACACACACACACACACACACACAGCAGAAAAGUAUCAAGGUCAAAUCCCAUACAAAGUUACAAGAUAAAAGAAUGAGGAGCAGAAUAACAUUCCUCUGAUGUGCAAAAGUGUACCAGGAAACAGGUCAAAACUGUAACGUCUUUUACAGUGAGGAAAGGCAAUGAAGGAAACACUAAGAGGAGUCCCCAUGGAAACUGAAGCGUCCAUCAUCCGCAUCCCCCCGUACCACUACAUCCAUGUGCUGGACCAGAACAGCAAUGUGUCCCACGUGGAGGUUGGGCCCAAGACGUUCAUUCGGCAGGACAAUGAGAGGAUCCUGUUUGCCCCCAUGCGCAUGGUGACUGUGCCCCCACGCCACUAUUGCAUUGUGGCCAACCCCGUGUCCCGGGAUGACCAGGGCUCAGUGCUGUUCGAUACCACGGGGCAAGUGCGGCUCCGCCACGCAGACCUGGAGAUCCGGCUGGCCCAGGACCCCUUUCCCUUGUACCCGGGGGAGAUUCUAGAAAAGGAUGUCACCCCACUGCAGGUCGUUUUGCCCAACACUGCCCUCCACCUUAAGGCAUUGCUGGAUUUUGAGGAUAAGAAUGGAGACAAGGUGGUAGCAGGAGAUGAGUGGCUAUUUGAAGGACCUGGCACAUACAUCCCCCAGAAGGAGGUGGAGGUCGUGGAGAUCAUCCAAGCUACAAUCAUCAGGCAGAACCAGGCCCUGCGGCUCAGGGCCCGGAAGGAGUGCCUAGACCGGGAUCGGAAGGAGCGGGUGACAGGAGAGGAAUGGCUGGUCCGCACUGUGGGUGCUUACCUCCCAGCAGUGUUUGAGGAGGUUCUGAACUUGGUGGAUGCUGUGAUUCUUACAGAAAAGACGGCCCUGCACCUGCGGGCUCGGCAGAACUUCCGAGACCUGAGGGGCGUGAGCCGGCGCACUGGGGAGGAGUGGCUGGUGACGGUGCAGGACACGGAGGCCCACGUGCCAGAUGUCUACGAGGAGGUGCUGGGGGUUGUGCCCAUCACCACCUUGGGCCCCCACAACUACUGUGUGAUUCUCGACCCCGUAGGACCGGAUGGCAAGAACCAGCUGGGGCAAAAGCAAGUGGUCAAGGGAGAGAAGUCCUUUUUCCUCCAGCCGGGCGAGACUCUGGAACGGGGCAUCCAGGAUGUGUACGUGCUGUCGGAGCAGCAGGGGCUGUUGCUCCGGGCCCUGCAACCUCUUCAGGAGGGCGAAGGCCAGGAGAAGGUCUUCCGCCAGGCUGGCGACUGCUGGCUCAUCCGCGGCCCCCUGGAGUACGUGCCGCCUGCCAAGGUGGAGGUGGUAGAAGAGCGCCAGGCCAUCCCUUUGGACGAGAACGAGGGCAUCUAUGUGCAGGACAUCAAGACAGGAAAGGUGCGUGCUGUCAUUGGAAGCACCUACAUGCUGACCCAGGACGAAGUCCUGUGGGAAAAAGAGCUGCCCCCUGGGGUGGAGAUGCUGCUGAACAAGGGGCAGGACCCCCUGGCAGACCGGGGUGAGAUGAACAUAGGCAAGAACUUCCCGCCCCCUGCGCCUCGGAACAAGACCCGCGUGGUCAGCUACCGCGUCCCUCACAAUGCCGCGGUGCAGGUGUACGACUACAGGGCCAAGAAAGCUCGCGUGGUCUUUGGGCCUGAGCUGGUGUCGCUGGGGCCUGAGGAGCAGUUCACGGUGCUGUCCCUGUCAGCCGGCCGGCCCAAGCGCCCCCACGCCCGCCGUGCGCUCUGCCUGCUGCUCGGGCCUGACUUCUUCACAGACGUCAUCACCAUCGAAACCGCGGACCAUGCCAGGCUGCAGCUGCAGCUGGCAUAUAACUGGCACUUUGACCUGAGUGACCAGAGGGACCCCCAAGAGGCAGCCAAGAUCUUCGCAGUGCCCGACUUCGUGGGGGACGCCUGUAAGGCUAUUGCCUCCCGGGUGCGGGGGGCUGUGGCUUCUGUCACCUUCGAUGACUUCCACAAGAACUCUGCCCGCAUCAUUCGCACUGCCGUCUUUGGCUUCGAGACCCAGGAAGACAAGGGGACCGGGAGCCUCGCCCUACCUCAGCCCCGGGACCGGGCCGUCUUCCCUCAAAACGGACUGGUGGUCAGCAGCGUGGAUGUGCAGUCAGUGGAGCCCGUGGACCAGAGGACCCGGGAUGCCCUGCAGCGCAGCGUCCAGCUGGCCAUCGAGAUCACCACCAACUCCCAGGAGGCAGCCGCCAAACACGAGGCUCAGAGACUGGAGCAAGAAGCCCGAGGCCGGCUGGAGAGGCAGAAGAUCUUGGACCAAUCAGAAGCUGAAAAGGCGCGCAGGGAACUCUUGGAGCUGGAGGCUCUGAGCACUGCCGUGGAGAGCACCGGGACUGCCAAGGCAGAGGCUGAGUCCCGGGCGGAGGCCGCACGCAUCGAGGGUGAAGGCUCCGUGUUGCAGGCCAAGCUGAAAGCCCAGGCGCUGGCCAUUGAGACUGAGGCUGAGCUCCAGCGGGUGCAGAAAGUGCGAGAGCUAGAACUGGCUUAUGCCCGAUCCCAGCUGGAGCUGGAGGUGAAGAAGGCCCAGCAGCUGGCCGAGGUGGAAGUGAAUAAGUUCAAGCAGAUGACGGAGGCCCUGGGUCCCAGCACCAUCAGGGACCUUGCUGUGGCUGGGCCGGAGAUGCAGGUCAAACUGCUCCAGAGCCUGGGCCUGAAAUCAACCCUCAUCACUGAUGGCUCCACUCCCAUCAACCUCUUCAACACAGCCUAUGGUCUGCUGGGGCUAGGGCCUGAGGCCCAAUCCUCAGCCAAAAAGGCAGCUCUGGUACCUGGCUCCCAAGAAGGCGUGAUUCUCCAGACUCCCUCUGUCCCUCAAGCUCCUGCAAACAACUAAAUCAUACCUUAGUUCUUUUCUGCACCAAUAAAUAGAACGGACACUUCUGGAUGUUUAAAUCCUUUCUGUUACGUUAAGUCUACAUCACAGGGAAUCCUAACUGUGUGUUGGAGGGCAGCAGGGAUAUGGAAAGCCCCCAAAUAAUAAGAUAGUUACUAAUUGCUAGUUUACCAGAUCUGUAGAGGCAGCAGAGGCCCCUGAGGGCUAGUCCUAAGGCAUGCGUUCCCAAGGUCUUGCCCGCCAGGCUAUCCUUUUGGUAGUCAGCUUUGCUAGACUCCAGAUAGGGAAGAUGAUGGGGCCUGCUUGGUCAGCCCCUCUGGGAACGGCAGCAUCUUUUCUGGCGUGGCCAGGGAGUUCUGGAAUCUGUCCUCCUGGCUGUGGGUGCAUCCUUCCGCACCUCCCAGCCCCAGCACUUGUGAGGCGCCCUCUGGUGCCACCUGCUGGCCACACUGCAAACUGGCAGCACCUGCUGCUGUGCACUUGUCCCUUCUCAGAUGGGGAUGCCAGAAAGAACCCCACCCAGGGGUGACAGGAGCUGGAAUACCACCUGGGCUUCUGAUAUCGGCUCUUCUGGAGCAUCGAGAGAGAGGGGGGUACCUUCCCAACCUCCCCCACAACCAAGGAGGAAUCCAGACAGGCGCCAUCAGAACAGGCACACAAGUAGAGGCUGCCAGGCACGCCAGCCCUUCUGCCCAGGUAGUGUGACAGCUGCCAGGCCCACCCCAUCUCUGCUGAGGAAAUAAAGGUUCCUGGGGAGGGGUAAGGAAAAGUUUGGACUUAUUCACUGUGUGAUUAAAA